CCCAGGGAACCAAGCAGCGCUGCUGCCGCCGCCGCCGCCGCUGCAGCCCGAGUUGGAGGAGGGAGAAGCCAGGAAGAAAAUGGCGGCCGUGGCUGCAGAGGCGGCAGCGACUGCAGCGUCCCCCGGGGAGGGGGGCGCCGGCGAGGCCGAGCCGGAGAUGGAGCCCAUCCCCGGCAGCGAGGCCGGCACUGACCCCCUCCCGGUCACAGCCACUGAGGCAUCUGUGCCGGACGCCGAGGCCGACGGGCAGCAGUCCUCUCCUCAGGCCGAAGAGCCGCCGCUCCCGCCGCCGCCGCCGCCGCCGGGGGAGCUCGCCCGCAGCCCGGAGGCGGCGGGGCCGGAGCUGGAGCCUGAGGAGAAGCUGCCCGCCCGGGUGGUGGAGCCGGCGGCAGCCGCGCCUCCGGAAGGGCCCGGCCUUCCACCUUCCCCUGCACCGCCGCCCGCGGAGCCCCCGGCUCCCGAGGAGCGUCAGGAACCGCCGCUGCCCCAGCCCGCAGCCCCGGCGCUCGUGCCGCCGGCGGGCGGGGACUCCGCCGUGUCGCAGCUCAUCCCAGGCUCGGAGGUGCGGGUCACGCUGGACCACAUCAUUGAGGACGCGCUCGUCGUGUCGUUCCGCCUCGGGGAGAAGCUUUUCUCCGGGGUCCUCAUGGAUCUGUCCAAAAGGUUUGGGCCCCAUGGGAUCCCUGUGACAGUAUUUCCCAAAAGGGAAUAUAAGGAUAAACCUGAAGCCACGCAGCUCCAAAGUAAUACAUUCCAAGAAGGGACGGAAGUCAAGCGUGAAGUGAAUGGUGCUGUUCCCCAUGACCCUUCUCCUGUCCCGCCUCCCGAGCUGAGCUUGGCCGAAAGCCUGUGGACUUCCAAACCACCACCUCUCUUCCACGAAGGAGCACCCUAUCCUCCCCCUUUGUUUAUCAGGGACACAUAUAACCAAUCAAUACCUCAGCCACCUCCUCGGAAAAUUAAACGACCCAAGAGAAAAAUGUACAGGGAAGAACCUACUUCAAUAAUGAAUGCUAUUAAACUACGACCCAGGCAAGUCUUGUGUGACAAAUGUAAAAACAGUGUUGUUGCUGAAAAAAAAGAAAUUAGAAAAGGUAGUAGUGCAAGUGACUCUUCUAAAUAUGAAGAUAAAAAACGGAGAAAUGAAAGUGUAAGUACUGUGAACAAAAAACUGAAAACUGACCAUAAGGUGGAUGGGAAAAACCAAAAUGAAAGCCAGAAAAGAAAUGCUGUGGUUAAGGUUUCAAACAUUGCUCACAGCAGAGGCAGAGUAGUGAAAGUUUCUGCUCAGGCAAAUACAUCAAAAGCUCAGUUAAGUACUAAAAAAGUGCUCCAGAAUAAGAACAUGGAUCAUGCAAAAGCUCGGGAAGUGUUGAAAAUUGCCAAAGAAAAGGCACAGAAGAAGCAGAGUGAAACCUCUACGUCCAAAAAUGCACAUUCAAAAGUCCAUUUCACACGUCGAUAUCAGAAUUCUAGCUCAGGUUCCCUUCCACCCCGGGUUCGUUUAAAACCACAGAGGUACAGGAAUGAAGAAAAUGACUCUUCUCUGAAGACAGGACUGGAGAAAAUGCGGAGUGGCAAGAUGGCACCUAAGCCCCAGUCUCGCUGCACCUCUACCCGCUCAGCAGGUCUCAACAAAUGGCAGCUAUUACAUCAGACAGUGACGAGUCCUGCUGCUCCCUUACAGUGUCUGACAGACCACUGUGGAUUCAGACUGGGAGCAUUGAAGUUAACAGUGAAACGGGCAGGUCUGUCUGUGUUAAGCCCUGCCACAAAGUGAAGAGGGCAUCAUGUCAUCACUUACCAUUCCCAAAGUAGAUUAGGCUAGACGUAAAAGAAUGCACUAGUUCUUUUUCCUUUGUUUUCAUUGAGCUUGGUAGCUGGGUGUACCUCAUGUUGGUGAUAGUUUUCAUGAGUGAGAAUAGCUUUCAGUCAAUAUUACCUGCUGUGUUUAAACAAACAAACAAACAAAAGUAGCGCUGGCCUCCUGAAAGCUUCCGUGAAUCCAGAGUUUAUCCUAGGGUGGUAGAAGUUGGGUGUCAGAUUGCAGCAUUAUGUCAAGUAGCAACUGAGUCUCCAUGGAAAGUCAACUAGUGGAUUUAUCUUUUCACUAUCUCAGUCUUUCUUUGUCACUUUUAUGUUCAUUACUUUAACUUCUUAGUCAUUACUUACUAUAUAAGAAUAUAUAUAUCGUUAUAUGAACAUAUAUAUAUUCUUAAUGAUUAAAUCAACCUCAAAACCACUGUCAUUUACAUAAGGCAAGCCAAAACUUAGAGGGUGGCAAAAGAUAAUGCUGAAGUGUAGUUGUCAUUUGUUUCUUUAAGUACAUUUAGUAAAACCUCCUUGGAUAAUGCUCAAAAGGCUUAUUUGGGGCUUUUAUAUGGCUGGAAAGGUUUAGGGAUUUUUGUUGUGCUGCUUUUGAACUUAGGAUCUUUUUUACUUUUUUUGCUUUCUUGAAUUAAGGCUAUUAAACUCUGGUUUUUGAAGGUAGUGAAGAGCUAUAACGGGGCUGUAUCAUUGUGUAUGAGCUGUAAUUUGCAAACUGGGUCAUAAUGGCACAUUUUGGAUCAGAGAUUGAGACUGGGAUAUUUUGGACUCUUACCUAUAUAGGAGUCUAGCUACCUGGUGAUCCCUUGAGGGAACAGCAUUUUUAAUUUUCUGCACUUCUCAUAAGAGUAGUAAUAAGAUCUGCUUCAAUCCUUGGGCUUUCCAGCCAACUUGAAUAGGCCUCACCAAGGUUGAAGCCAAAUAUUGAGAAAGUCAUAAGUAGAAGGAAAUGGAAUUGUACAUGAAAUUGGCUAUUUACCUUUCUCUUUCAGUUUGUAAAAUAUUUACUUGCAAAUUUCCAUGAGUCUAAAUUUAUUAGUAUGAUCAUAUUAGUAUAAUAUUUUCAGAAAAUAAAAACUUUUCUUAGCUCAAUGUCAAAUUUUAAAACCAUGUUAAUAAUUCUGUUGCUUUCGUUAGCAGAAACUACUAUUGUUUUGAUGUGUGCAGUAUUUAUGGCUAGAAAUAAUUUUUCAUUGCUUGAGAAGGAAUGUGAUAGAAAUUUAUUUUCUAGGCCCUGAUCCAAUAAGUGAAUGAAGCAUGGCAGCGCUGGGAAGUUAACAGGAGAUCAAGAGUUCUAACAAAGAAUGAGAAAUACAUCUACUUUGAAACGUUUGGAAGUCAAAUAUUGGGAAGGGUGGGGGUGGUUUUUCUUUUAUCCUUGCUUUUUUGUUUUGUCUGUUAUUAUUCCACUGACGAUACCAUAUCUUUGGUUUAAAAAUACAUUUGACCAAGGAGAAAUCUAUUUCCACAGAUCACCUCUUUUGAAAUUCAAACUUUUGUUGGUACUUAGGCCUCAGGUUUGAGAGGCAUAAGCAGGGAUUGUAGCGGGCUUCAGUGGGAUUCUGCCACUUCUUGGUAUCAAAGGAAGGUCGGUAAUGAGCAUUCUGGUCAUGCUACUUAGCAUUAAUUUUUAUAAGCCUCGCCCUUUAUAAAUGUUCUGCUCAGUCUGGCUUUUUGUUGGAGGUAUGGUGCUGAUAACUUGGUUUCCUGGUGUAAUGAGGGACCCUGUGGUCAGUGGAACCAGUGUACCUAAGUUGUCUCCUAGAGCAAAAUGGGGCUCUUGAUGCCUUCUGACGUGCUGCGUGUCUACCUCUGGAGAGGCACCCUCCACCCCCCUCUGCUGUGCUCUUGCACAUGUGUAGACAGUGUCAGCUGCAGCUGAUUUUUCCAUAGCCUGGUUUUGUAUAUAAGUUUGCUCCUUAAGCCGGUAGGCAGCCUGUGCUAGAGGAAGGCUGCUGAUGUUUCAUAGUCCACAGCAGCGAAGCUGACUUGCAGACUUUUAUAUUGUGAGAUGGUGCAUAAAGAGCAAAGCUAAAAUUCCCUUUAUUAGGCAAAUAUUCAUAAGUAUUUAAAAAAAUACUCAAGUGCAGACUGACUACGUGAAGGUGACAACCACUUUGUGUUGGAAUUUGGCCAGAUAUACUUUAGAAAGAACAGGAAUGCUUCUGGUUUACAGUGGCAGUAAAUUGUUUUCUCAAAAAACCCACACUGGUCAAGUUUGACUGAUUUGAAGUAAGAAAUCAGGUGUGAUUCCACCAUCUCUGUAGGGCUUAAUUUAAACAAGGACAUCAUUCUUCUCAUAUAAUUACUUGUGCUUAACUACAUUUUCUUCCUUUUCUUUACUAUA